CUCAAAGAGAGCUUUUACCUCAGAAUUGAAAAUGGCGACCCGUUUCCCAGAAGACGGAUCUGAAAGCAAAAGUGUAAGGAAUGAAGACACAAAAAGUCAAUUUAAGGAAAAUAUAUCAAAAACCAGCUUAACUGGUGAGUUUUUGGUGAUUAUUGGGAGAAAUUUGUGCAGAUUCUUGCAUCAGCGCGGCUUCUCGAGUGAAUUCACAUGGAAAAUGCCUACCUCGGCGUAUCUGAGAGUGUGUGAAAUCUUAAGAAUUUUGACACCCAUCUGUUUUGGAUAGCUUUCCUGUGGCGAAAGUAACAAAAUGGAAAUUUGCAGUACUGCCUAAUUAGCAGUGUUAAUCAUGUUCUUUGAUAAGCUCCGAUCGAUUAUUCGAUUGAAUCUUCGUUUCACCGCUAUUGCGGAAGUAAAGCGAACCGAAUUAGACUUAUUUGAGAGUCUACUCACUUACACUAACACUGAUUUCAGGUUUGUUUUGAAUUCUUCUUUGAGAAAAGUCGUUUUGUUGUGUAGGAUUGAUACCCAAGGAUCUCCGAAAAUAGUGAAAUCUGAUUAAGGAGUGUGGCAAUUAUCAACGUGCGGUCCAUAAAGUUGAAUAAAAUCGUUCUAUUUACAUCUUAUACGCUUUACUAAAACUAUAACUGCCGUCACAAGUAUGACAGAGCCAUGUGUAAUUUACUCACUCGCCUUUUCAAUUGCAUUUCCAGGAUCGCUGGUACAAGAUCCAACUAAAUUGAACGUUACCCUUGCAACAGAUGCAGAGGGUUGGGACAAGUCUGUCAAUGAACAAUUUCUUCUUGAACUUGCUCAGAAUCCUCAAGUAAGAGUCACUGGGUUUGUACCUAAGCACACCCCAAAGCAGAAAGACCAUGCCAGGGACUUAAACAUUGAGCUGGUUGAUGCCAAAGAAAUCACAGGUUUUCCAGCAGUUGAGCUUCUAGCUUAUCCACCUGACGAUCUUGACAUUGAUAUUCUCAUCAUACACUCCUAUGGGCGUGACCUGGGGCGACAAGCACAGAUCAUAAAAGACAAGAAAAAGUGCCAGUGGGUUAAUGUUGUCCAUACUGUCAGUGAAGAUCUAGAGAAAUUUUCUGUUAAGAAAUCUGCAGACCCAGCUGCAAAUGAUCAAUUAAGUGAACACGACCUCCAGACAAGAUUGUGCGAGAAAUCUGACCUUAUCAUUGCAAUUGGCCCAAAAGUUACAGAAGCUUACAGAGCUGCUCUGAGGUACAGUGGUAAAGACCAGAGUGUGAUUGGUCUGACUCCUGGAAUUAUUGAAGAAUUCCUUGGUGUGCGCCAGGAAACUAAUGGCUCAGGUGAAAAUUUCCGUGUGCUGCUCAGUGCCUCAUCCAAGUAUUUCUUGGUCAAAGGAUGUGAUAUUGCCACUAAAGCUAUCAAUCUCUUACAAGAUUCAUCCUGCCAUCUUAUAUUUGUCAGACAGCCAAAGGAUAAUGAAGAUCAGCUGAAGAAAGCCUUUCUUGAUUUAGGAAUCAAUCAGCUUCAACUCACCUUUAAGAGCAGUUCUGGCAGCAAAGACUUCUGGCCAAGGUUGCUUUGUGAAGUGGAUCUGGUCAUCAAACCAUCAAGAACAGAGGGUUUUGGCAUAAGUGGUCUGCGCGCCAUUUCAGCAGACGUCCCUGUUCUUGUGAGUGGAAACUGUGGUCUUGGCAUGGUGUUGAAGUCAUUACCCUCUGGCGCACAGCAUGUAAUUGAUUCUGAAGACCCUCAUGCCUGGGCUGAUGCAAUAAAGAACGUCAGGGCAAAGGCAGUGCAAGUUCGAAAAGCGGAAUCAGAACAACUAAGGAAUGAUUACAUGCAGCAAUUCAACUGGAAGAUGCAAUGCAAUGAAAUUGUCAAGAAAAUGUUUUCAAUGAAUCCACACAAAUCUGGUGAGUUUGUUUACUGUAAUUUUGAUUUAAUUAGGAACAGUUUAAGUUUAAUUUGUGUUUGUCCUGUUGUUCACCCUCUACAGCCUAACAUCAGUGUUUAAGUUCUCCAUUAUAUUGUUUAUAUGUUUCUUACUGACAGUACUUACAUUAAAACAAGGAGAAUUUGCUUAAUAAUCAAGAGCUUCUUGACCUUGUAAUUAUUUCCUUUAUUCUUAUCACUGUGAUAUUUGAUUCAGGGGUGAUACUGUUGGGAGAAAUAAGAUGCUUAUCACUCUCAGGGGCUUAGGGUUAAUACAUCCUAAGACAAGUAUCAUUAGUUAGUCUGAAGGCAGUGUCACAAUUGUGAACGAAGAGUUGCUGGCAAUGGUAACAGCAUUUAAUGUCCUUAGAUGUCCUUAGGGCACACUGAGGUGCAUUUGCAUUUGGUUUUCUUGUAGGGAAUUCAAGAAAAAUUUGAAUUACCAUGAAAAAUAUUUUUGAAAUGCAUGUAAGCUGAAGUUUGGCCUUCUGUUCAGGCACAUGUUGGAUGAUUUAGCUCUUGAUUUUUUUUUUUUGACAAUAGAUAAUAGUCAACUUUGAUUUUCAAAGCAGAGUAAAGUUGCAGGGAGAAAGGAAACUAAUGACUUUUCAGUGAAUAAUUGCAACCUUAGAAAGCUGACUCUUGUUUACUCAUUAGACUCCUUCAUUGUAAAUUGCUGACUGAUUCUGAACAGAAGUUCUUUAAUUCAAAUCUUUUUGUAAAUAUAGCAUAAAUAUAAAUAGACAAAUUUAUCACCUUUUUUAUAUUUCUUAGAGUACAGAAAGAAAGCUGUUGAGUGGCAGUUUGAUGUUGCUGAUACCACAAGAGAUCUGCAGUCACUGCAAGUGAAUCGCGAUGAUGUGGAUGGAGGUCUGUAUUAUCAGUAUGAGACUGAGAAGAUGAGUAUUCAGGAGACAAGCCAGUUCCCUAGGACAUACAAACGUGGAGACAUAUCACGUAGAAACAUGGGAGUCAGUAAUCUACCCCUUAAAGAAUACAGAAAAGUUUGCCUAAUGCUCAACACCAAGCGAGAUCUGAAAUUUGAUGACUUCAGGAUGCUUGCUGAAAAAGUUGGAUUCAGCAGGGAUGAGAUACGGAUGAUUGAACAGGGUGAAAAUCCUACUGACAUGGUUCUGCAGACCUGGUCAUCAAAGAGAGAGGCUACUGUUGGAAACUUAAUUGACCUGUUGACAGGUGAGGACCUGGAGAGAAUGGAUGUGGUAAAGGUGCUUGAAGACUGGGUAAAUGAUACUUGUCAUUAAACAUUUAGAGUACGGCUCCUCCCCAAGUCAGAUUUGAAUGUUCUUGGUGUGGAAGAACAAGCAGAUCUAUUUUUUAUCAGUAAAAGUUUUGUACAGUAUGGCAAGAAAUUUGUAGACUUGGAGAAGAAUGUUCUAGUUUUUUUUGUUUCCAUAGAACCUCUGUUUUAACUUUGGUCAAAUGAUAGUUUAUGAACUUUAAGUCAACUUUAUUUGUGAUGAUCUUUUCUCAGGUCUUGAUCUUGAUGUGUAAGAUUGGUAGCUUGUAUCUAGCUCUUUUAAAAGUGCAUGCCUUUUCAAAAUUUAAUUUCAUGUAGUAUUAAAACAGAGAAUUUAGCCUAAUUGGCAUUAGCUGGUAACAUUAACCUAAUUUUUCCUUUUGGUAUGUAAAAAAAAAUAGUAUUUAGAGAGGGGUUGAAGCCAGUGUUGAAACUAAUCAACAUAAUCAUCUUUGGCUGAUUCUUUUAUAGACAAGUAGUUGGUCAAGGUGACCUCUUUUGUCAACAACUGAGUACCUUUGUCUCGUAUGUGGGAGAGAAAUGGAAGGAUGCUAGGAUUUACACUGUUUUAGGUCACUAUGCUGUGUUCUUGGGUAGUGUAUUAACUCUCACAGGUCCUUGCUGCAGAAACAAGCUUAGUAACUAAGUUCUGGUAGCUGUAUGAGUCAGUCUUGUAAGCAGAAUUUUCCCUUUGUCACUUUGCAUACAACAGAUGUGACAAAAAAAUGAAACAAUGCAAACAAAUAACUUCUAGACAACAUUUAAGUUUCAAUUAGUAUAUGAAAGUAGUCUUGUCAUAGAUAUCUAUCAUUUUUAUAGUUAAAUGGCUUGUAUGUUCACUAAUUCUUUAAAACAGAAUGUACUUGAAUACAUAGUCUAGAGUGUGUUAAUGUUACACUUAAUAUAUUUAUACUUCUUUCAUUUGGUUUUACACCAAUUGUUAAGGAUUUUUUACUUAACUUUUUUUAGGUGGUAUGGUUAAUAACAAUGAUGUAGAGCAAGUGUCAAACCUGAUAAGUGUAAACAUUAAAAUUACUUAAUGGGAGAAUUGGUUAAAAAGAAUGAGUGAUUGAGUCUACAGGUAUUUUUUUUUUUUUCAUUUUUUUGCUUCCUUGAAUGCUGCCUUAACUUGAUGAGUUGACCACAGUUUCCUGCUGCAUGUUGAAAUUAUUAUAUCAAUCAAGCUUUGUAAAAACAACAUCCAUUAUAUCAUAUGACCAUCAACAACAAUAAAUUGCAUAUUAGGUCAUGGGUUCAAAUCCUGUACAGGCCUGAAUUUUUUUCAAGCCUUAUUUCAACUAUUAGUUCAGUGGUGUUCUUAGUUGCGAGGAUCGAUCCUAUAUUUGCAUAUUAGGCUAUUUUAGUGUCUCAAAAGGAAAUUAAAAUCUGGACUCUCCUGGAUGAAGUAACAUCCACAUCAGUUUGCCAUUUUCUAAAUUUGCCAGUAUCACCAUCAAUUUUUUACAACCUAGCUAACAUUAGUGUUCACUGAUCUCUCUACUUUUCCUGUGUUGAUGAUAGGGAGAACAUAUGCCAGUCAGGAGCUUCUUAACUUGGUUAUCAUUUCCAUAAAUUUCAUGACCUUUACAUUUGAUUCAGUUGUGAAACUGUGAUAAGAAAUAAGAUUCCUGUUACUCUUAUAACAAAGGUUAAGAAAAAGGGUCCCUAUGAAAUAAUGGUUGCUUUGCAUUCUUAUUACUUGAUAAGAGCUCAAAGUUUUACAAUGACAAAAGAUGCAAAAGCACU